CCGCUGACCCGGAAGUGAACGCCGCGUCUGGCGGAAGCAGGAAUUCUUCUUCCGGGUCAGCCUCGGGUCCAGACGGAGAAGAGCUGCGGACUCUCAUCAACACGAGCCUCCACCUGCACCUCCACCCUCCAGGACGCUGCUGUUGACUCGGGAAGAUGUUGCGGAGGAAGCCGACCCGCCUGGAGCUGAAGAUCGACGACACGGAGGAGUUCGAGAGCGUGAAGAAGGAGCUGGAGGCUCGCAAGCGUCAACGAGAGGAGGCGGAGUCAGGAGGUGGAGUGGGAGGAGCUUCUGUCCUCAAUGUCGACAUCAUUGGGGGCGGGGCCUCGGCAUCUUCCUCCACUGCCACAUCGAGGGCGGAGCUAAUCAAUGAGCGCAUCGGCUUCAAGCCCCACCCCAAACCCGCCACCCUGCCCACCCUGUUCGGAAGUUUACAGUUUUAAUAAAGUUCACAUUGUCGAUCACGGAA